ACUUGUUCCCUGGCCCCUACUUCGUACAGUGUGCCAAAACGUCCUCAAAGGUUUUAAAUAUUGCUUCCAUGGUCUGAAUUUUUAUUUCCAAGGAGAAGAGUUUUAUCCCAUAGUCAGCAGGCCAUUGGUUUAGUAACUUUCAGUCAGCUUGAUUUCUGUGGAAAUGAAGAGUAUGCAUUCGACACUUCUCCUGUUACUUUUCCUGCCUUUGACAGAACCAGCACCACAAGCUCAGCAGGACGUACCCUCUACCUUUGAGUAUGGGACAGAUCAUUUUGAAGAAAAUAUAUUUAGUCAAGAUUAUGAAGAUAAAUACCUGGAUGAAAAAAGAAUUAAGGAAAAAGAAACAUUGAUAGUACAUGAUGAGAAAAGUUUUCAGUUACAAAAAGAUGAGGCUAUAAUGCCACUAUCCCCCAACAAAGGAAAUGAUGAAAUGCCCACGUGCCUGCUGUGUGUUUGUUUAAGUGGCUCCGUGUACUGUGAGGAAGUUGACAUUGAUGCAGUACCACCCUUGCCAAAGGAAUCUGCUUAUCUUUAUGCACGAUUCAACAAAAUUAAAAAGCUGACUGCCAAAGAUUUUGCUGACAUGCCUAACCUAAGAAGACUUGAUUUUACGGGUAAUUUGAUAGAAGAGAUAGAAGAUGAUACUUUUUCAAAACUUUCUCUGUUAGAAGAACUUUCACUUGCUGAAAAUCAGCUACUGAGACUUCCAGUUCUUCCUUCAAAGCUUAUUUUAUUUAAUGCAAAACACAACAAAAUCAAGAGUAAAGGAAUCAAAGCAAAUACAUUCAAAAAACUGAGUAACCUCGCCAUCCUCUACUUGGACCAUAAUGAACUGGAAGCUGUACCUCCUAAUUUACCAGAAAGUCUACGAAUAAUUCAUCUUCAGUUUAACAACAUAACUUCAAUUACAGACGACACCUUCUGCAAGGCUAAUGAUACCCGUUAUAUUCGGGAACGUAUUGAAGAGAUUCGCCUAGAGGGUAAUCCAAUAGCCCUUGGAAAACAUCCCAACAGUUUUACUUGCUUGAAAAGAUUACCUAUAGGGUCAUACUUUUAACCACUAUCAAAGCAAUGUGUAAGCUAAAGUAUGUAUGCUUAUAAUUUGUCUCAAUAAUGUCUAAAAGAACAUUAAAUACUGGUUUAUCAUUAACUUUUUAUCUUACUAUGAAAGAAUUUUAUGUCUUAAACAAGAAUGUUCAAAAUAAGAUUGAAUUUCUAAGUUCAAAAUAAUGUGAAAAUAUUUAAAACAUUGAAAAUUCUCCUGGUUUAUACUAGACAUCUACAAUUCAAGAUGCAUAUUCUUAUUACUAAGUAAGAGAAGUCCAAGAAAGUUCCAAUUGUUUAUCUUUGCUAGGUUGCUAGCCUUUAUCUUUUUUCUUUUUUCCAUAUAUCUAUUUUUAUUGUAAAAAUACUGUACAAUGGAGUUACAGUUACAUGAGUAGGGUAAUGAGUACAUUUCCUAUUAGGUUUUAUUAAGUAUCUUGAAAACAUUUAAAGCCUUAUAAAGCUAAAUAUUUCCAUUGAUCUUUCAUGAUUCAUAAUUAUUCAUAUGAGGUGGGAACCUUGUUUUCUUCUUAUAAAGAAAGCUAUCUUACUUUAUUUUCACUAGCCUAAAAAAUUUUCCAAAUAAAGUAGAAUUUUACUUUCUAAUAAAGAGCUAGAAGGUAUAUCCAAAGUUUUCUACCUUGUGGGCCACAUCAUUAGAGUUCAAUAAAGAAAAAAUAUUCUUUUAUCAUAAGUCAUUUUGUAAAGCCAAGCAAUUCAAAACUAAUAAGCUUUUAUAAACAAAAAAUUCUGACACAUUUAAACAAGAAUAAAGUUCUUCCCCUGAAAGAUUUUCAAUUUUGAAAGAAGUACAAAAUAUUUCCUUUUAAAAUUACUGAACAGGGCCUUCUCAAUAACUGUUCACAUAUAAAGAAACAAAAACUGCCUGUGCAUGUAAAUGUUUACCAAAACAAACUGAAUAUUCACAGCAAAGUUUUUGAGCAACAUUUGCUCAAUGCCCAUGAUGAACAGACUCACUUAACAAUAAAAACCUGAUCUUCAAUCCAAGUAAUGACUCAAAACUGCCAGAUUAAAGAUCCUGAACUAACCUUUCUCUUGCCUAUAUAUCACUCAAAAGUCUUAAUACAUUGCUUUGAAGUUAAAUAGAAAAUUACUGGUACUUUAGAAACAUGAAUCUGACCUGUCUAUAAAAUAUAUUGACAUCAUUUCCAUUGUAGAUUAUACAAUGGAAUUGGUAAAUUACUCCUAGAACAUAUACUCAUUCCUGUUGUUUCUUAGGAUUUACCCUCCAACACCAUUUGUUGAAGUUGAUCUGAGAUUAAAAACAGCUAUGAUCCUUUGGAGUUUAUUUUUCUGCAUCUAUAAUCUCUGAAGGCCUCAACAGUUACUCUGACAAUGCUCAUUAGUGCAUUCAUUUAUUUUGAUGAGUAAUGACUAUAACUAAUAUGCUUUUUUCAUAAUUUUGUGUGCUUGACUUAUUUUCUAAUUGACAAAAUAGUUGAGAGCACUGAAUACAGCUUAUGUUUAUACUGUCACAGUCCUAGCACAACAGUGAACACAUUUAAAUAUAUGAAUAAAUGUUGUAAAAUCCAAAGUAAAA